AUGCGAGAACAAAUGGUGUUUGGCGUCGGUGACGUCACAGCUGGCACGUUGGAUCAAAACGGCAUUUGUGAGAUUUCAGAGCUUUGUCAAGGUGAAGAUUAUCGUAAAGUAGCGCAUAUAAAGACUCUUUGCGUGCAUUAUUUUACUAUAAGUGUGGACAAACACAGUGAGUUACUCACUCACUCACUCACUCACACACACACACUCACGACACUCAGACACUCACACACUCACACACUCACUCACUCACUCAGACACUCACACACUCAGACACUCAGACACUCAAUCAGACACUCACUCAGACACACACACACUCACUCACUCACACACUCACACACUCAGACACUCAGACACUCACACACUCAGACACUCAGACACUCAGACACUCAGACACUCAGACACUCAGACACUCACACACUCAGACACUCAGACACUUACUCACUCAGACACACACACACACUCACUCACUCACACACUCAGACACUCACACACUCAGACACUUACUCACUCACUCAGACACACACACACUCACUCACUCACUCACUCACUCACACACUCAGACACUCACACACUCAGACACUUACUCACUCACUCAGACACACACACACUCACUCACUCACUCACUCACUCACACACACACUCACGACACUCAGACACUCACACACUCACACACUCACUCACUCACUCAGACACUCACACACUCAGACACUCAGACACUCAAUCAGACACUCACUCAGACACACACACACUCACUCACUCACACACUCACACACUCAGACACUCACACACUCAGACACUCACACACUCAGACACUCAGACACUCAGACACUCACACACUCAGACACUCAGACACUCACUCACUCAGACACACACACACACUCACUCACUCACACACUCAGACACUCACACACUCAGACACUUACUCACUCACUCAGACACACACACACUCACUCACUCACACACUCACACACUCAGACACUCACACACUCAGACACUCACACACUCAGACACUCACACACUCAGACACUCAGACACUCAGACACUCACACAGACACUCACUCAGACACACACACACUCACUCACUCACACACUCACUCACUCAGACACUCACUCAAUCAGACACUCACACACUCAGACACUCACACACUCAGACACUCACUCACUCACUCAGACACUCACACACUCAGACACUCACACACUCAGACACUCACACACUCAGACACUUACUCAGACACUCACUCAGACACACACACACUCACUCACUCACACACUCACUAAGACACUCAC